UGAUCUCCUGUUCGUGUUUCUAAGGCUUCUCAUCAAUGUGUUUUCUAUUUGUUUUGGUGGAUUAUUGCUUAAAGUUUGAUCCUUUGACGUGAAAGUUGAGGAUUUGAGGAUUUGCCCAAAUUUCUUUGACUCUGGUUUUGUUGCUGUGACAGCAGAGGGGAACAAUGAAGUAUUUGAUCAUGACUUGAAUAAAUUUUUAGUUGGCAUUUGGAUUGGUAAACAGGCCCAUCAAGCGGCGCAGUCAUAUUUUGCUCGAUUGAGUUGUUUCUCUUUCCCAACAUCUGCAAAGUCAUGACUUUUCAAACUUCUCAGGCGUGGCAUCUGACGAGCUAUAGACUACAGUUAUGGUUGUCAAGAUGGGAUAUAAGAAAGGCACUAGAGUGGAGGUAAUGAACAUAAAGGAGCUUCCAACUGGCUCCUGGCGAAGUGCAGAGAUAAUAUCUGGCAAUGGCUGCAACUACAUGGUCCGGUAUUAUAAUUACAAGGGUGCCACAGUAAAAAAUACCCUGGAGAGGGUAUCGAGUAAGGCCAUUAGGCCUUGCCCGCCUUUGCUGGAUAUUUCGGGCAAUUGGGUUCCCGGUGAUGUUGUCGAGGUGUUCAAUAGUUUCUCUUGGAAAGUGGCUACAGUUUCAAGGGCUUUGGGAAAAAACUACUAUCUGGUUAGGUUGCUGGGAGCCUUUCAGCAGUUAAAAGUUACGAGUUCUGACAUUCGGGCUAGACAGUCUUGGCAAGAUGGUUCAUGGACAUUAAUCAGACAGGAUUCUGCAAUUUUCUGUGAAGGAAAAUGUAAGGAAAUGCCUUUGUUGAAGUGUGACAAGAAUCCCAACCUCCCAGUUAAAAAGGAACGUGCAAAGCGGAAGCUGUCUCAGAAAAAUAAUCUUUCUACUGCUGAAAACGGCAUAAAUUUGCAGGAUUAUCGUGUUGAUAGACAUAUAUCUAUUAAAAGACCAUGCUUGAAUGGCUCUUCUGUAGCAGAAGCACCUUCUAGAGCUUUCAUGAGUUGUAAAGUUACAGAUAAAGAAGGAAGAUUCCCAAAUGUAACUGCUGCAAAUACGCCUACAUUAUUGAAGCAGAUUAAUGCGGCUUCCAUCCGAAGAGACACAUUGGAUCAAGAAACCUCACUGUCUUUUUUAAGGAGAAGAAUCAGUGGUUUUACUGAAGUGGAUGCGAAGAGGAUUAAAUCAACUGAUGCGGAUGGUCGUUCUUUUGCAUCCCACACAGAAUCCAGUCACGACGAUGGCGAUGAAUGCUCAGUCGGUAGUUGUACUGGUGAUGCUCAAUCCACUUGUCACAGGGAGAAUGAGGAAAAGAGUAAUCUCCUUUUGUCAAAAGAAAACCUGGAAGCUGAAAUACAUAGAUUGGAGUUGCAAGCUUACCGUUGCACAAUGGAGGCAUUGCAUGCUUCGGGACCUUUGAGUUGGGAACAGGAAGCGCUGGUGACUAACCUUCGUCUUUCACUCCACAUAUCAAAUGAUGAACAUUUGAUGGAGUUGAAAAAAUUAGUUUCUACAGAUCAUAGCAUCUAGAUUAGUCGAAGAAAGCACAUGAAUAUGUCUUCUUUCUUCAUUUAAACUUAGAUUCAUAGAUCGAUUCCUUGUCAUUUACCUUUGAGCAGUUGCUUAGAAACAGGAUCUGAGGUUUUGCCUGAUUGCUUUCAGUUUUAUUUUGCAAACUCUAGUUUCAAAUGUUCAUAUGAGGACUUCAAAGGAUUGGUCUUCAAAGAUAAGCUUGUGUUUUGCAGUAUUUAUCAUCGGUUGUUCUUU